ACAUCCAAUAUUGUGAAAAGCAGUUACUACCAGCUCGUAAAAUUCCACUGCCCUUCCACUUCUGCUAUUUUCCCUGUAUGAAAACUGGAUUUUAAAAAGAUGAGGAGGAAGACUGGACAGAUCACAGAGCUUCAUCUCCGGACAUGGACGAGAUGUACCUGAGGGACCACCACCACCGCCACCACCACCACCACCAGGAGAGCCGUCUCAACUCGGUCUCGUCCACACAGGGCGAUAUGAUGCAGAAGAUGUCCGGGGAAAGCCUCUCGCGGGCUGGCGCCAAGGCCGCGGGAGAAAGCAGCAAGUACAAAAUCAAGAAGCAGCUGUCGGAGCAGGACCUACAGCAGUUGCGGCUGAAGAUCAACGGACGCGAACGCAAGCGGAUGCAUGACCUGAACCUCGCCAUGGACGGGCUGCGCGAAGUCAUGCCCUACGCACACGGGCCCUCGGUGCGCAAGCUUUCCAAGAUCGCCACCCUCCUGCUUGCCAGAAACUACAUUCUCAUGCUCACCAGCUCCCUGGAGGAGAUGAAGAGGCUGGUUGGCGAGAUCUAUGGGGGCCACCACUCGGCCUUUCACUGCGGGACCGUGGGCCACUCGGCCGGCCACCCCGCGCACGCGGCCAACACCGUGCACCCUGUGCACCCCAUCCUGGGGGGCGCGCUCUCAUCCGGCAACGCCUCGUCACCGCUGUCCGCCGCCUCACUUCCCGCCAUCGGCACCAUCCGGCCUCCCCACUCGCUGCUCAAGGCGCCGUCCACGCCGCCCGCGCUGCAGCUGGGCAGCGGCUUCCAGCACUGGGCUGGUCUGCCUUGCCCCUGCACCAUCUGCCAGAUGCCGCCGCCUCCGCACCUGUCCGCUCUCUCCACCGCCAACAUGGCCCGGCUGUCGGCCGAGUCCAAGGACUUGCUCAAGUGAGCAGCGGGAGGGCCCGGCUGCGGAGAAGGGAGAGCGGCGGGAGGGGCCGCGGUGCCGGGCCGGGAGGGAAGAGGGAAGCUGCGAGCUUGGCCCA